AUGUCAUCUACACGUCCUCAAAACGUUGGUAUCAAAGCCAUCGAAGUUUACAUUCCUUCACAAGUGAAUAUCUAUUCAUUAUCUUUAACUGUUUUAUCAAAAUUAUUUAAAAACUACAACAUUGAUCCAAACUCUAUUGGUAGAUUAGAAGUUGGUACUGAAACUUUAUUAGAUAAAUCUAAAUCUGUUAAAUCUGUUUUAACUCAAUUAUUAGGUGAAAAUACUGAUGUUGAAGGUAUUGAUACUGUUAAUGCAUGUUAUGGUGGUACCAAUGCAGUUUUCAACUCUAUCAAUUGGAUUGAAUCAAGUGCUUGGGAUGGUAGAGAUGCUGUUGUUGUUGCAGGUGAUAUUGCCAUUUAUGAUAAAGGUGCUGCAAGACCAACUGGUGGUGCUGGUACCGUUGCACUUUUAAUUGGUCCAGAUGCUCCAAUUGUUUUCGAUAGUGUUAGAGGUUCAUAUUUUGAACAUGCUUAUGAUUUUUAUAAACCAGAUUUUACAAGUGAAUAUCCAUAUGUUGAUGGUCAUUUUUCAUUAACUUGUUAUAUUAAAGCUUUAGAUCAAGCUUAUGCAUCAUAUAGUAAAAAAGCUUUAAAAUCAGGUGUUGAAGGUGUUACUUCCAAGACUGUUGGUGCUUCUAAAAGAUUUGAUUAUAAUGCAUUCCAUGUUCCAACAUGUAAAUUAGUUACUAAAUCAUAUGCUAGAUUAUUAUAUAAUGAUUUUAGAGAAGAUCCAUCAUUAUAUCCAGAUGUUGAUCCAUCAUUAGCUAAAGUUCCAUAUGAAGAAAGUUUAACAGAUAAAACUAUUGAAAAAACAUUUGUUGCAUUAGCAAAAGAUUUAACUAAGAAACGUGUUCAACCAGCUUUACAAGUUCCAACAAAUACAGGUAAUUUAUAUACUGGUUCAUUAUAUGCUUCAUUAGCUUCAUUAUUAUAUUAUGUUGGUAAUGAUGAAUUACAAGGUAAACGUAUUGGAUUAUUUUCAUAUGGUUCAGGUUUAGCUGCAUCAUUAUUUUCAGCAGUUGUUAAAGGUGAUAUUUCUCAUAUUGUUAAAAAUUUAAAUUUUGAUCAAGUUUUAUCAUCAAGAAAAUUCGCUACACCAGAAGAAUAUGAAGCUGCAUUAUCAUUAAGAGAAGCUGCACAUUUAAAGAAAGAUUUUAAACCAACUGGAUCAAUUGAAACUUUAUUACCAGGUACUUAUUAUUUGACUGAAGUUAAUGAUAGAUUCCAUCGUAAAUAUUCCAUUAAAGAGUAA